UGACGUGGUAACUCGGCGCUGAGCUCGGGAUCGCUGCUCGGAGAGAGAGACCGGGGACCGAGAAUCGUGCAACCAUGAACUGGAAUAAAGGUGGACCGGGAGGAGGGAAGCGGGGCUUCGGCUUCGGUGGUUUUGCCAUCGCUACCGGUAAAAAGGAGGAGCCAAAGUUACCUCAGACGUCCCACAGCGCUUUCGUUCGGGCAACGUCCUCUGGCUUUGGAGCUGGUGGAAGCUCCCAGAUGCCAUCUUUCUACAAGAUUGGUUCCAAGCGGGCUAACUUCGACGAGGAGAAUGCGUACUUUGAUGAUGAGGAGGAAGACUCCAGUAAUGUUGACCUGCCAUACAUCCCUGCUGAGAAUUCCCCCACCAGGCAGCAGCUUCACUCCAAGGGCGAAUCGGACAGCGAAGAAGAUCCACUCGAGGCCUUUAUGGCUGAAGUGGAGGAUCAGGCAGCCAGAGAUAUGAGACGACUCGAGGAGCGAGACAAAGAGAAGAAGAAUGCCAGGGGUAUUCGAGACGACAUUGAGGAAGAAGAUGAUCAGGAAGCCUAUUUCAGAUACAUGGCCGAGAAUCCGACAGCUGGACUUAUCCCAGAAGAGGAGGAAGACAAUCUUGAAUACGAUAGUGAUGGCAAUCCCAUUGCUCCUACAACCAAGCGUGUUAUUGACCCUCUGCCUCCAAUUGACCACACCUUGAUCGAGUAUCCUCCUUUUGAGAAGAACUUUUAUGAGGAACACGAGGAAAUCACCUCCCAGACUCCACAGCAGAUCGUGGAACUGCGCCACAAACUGAAUCUGAGGGUCUCUGGGGCAGCUCCACCACGUACUGGCAGCAGCUUUGCUCACUUUGGAUUUGAUGAACAAUUGAUGCAUCAAAUUCGGAAGUCAGAGUACACUCAACCAACCCCCAUCCAGUGUCAGGGAAUUCCAGUGGCAUUGAGUGGACGUGACAUGAUUGGCAUUGCAAAAACUGGAAGUGGUAAAACAGCAGCGUAUAUCUGGCCGAUGCUGGUACACAUUAUGGACCAAAAGGAACUGCAGCCUGGUGAUGGACCGAUUGCCGUCAUUGUAUGUCCCACACGUGAGCUGUGUCAACAGAUCCACAACGAAUGCAAACGGUUUGGGAAGGCAUAUAACCUGCGCUCUGUUGCGGUGUAUGGCGGUGGCAGCAUGUGGGAGCAGGCAAAGGCUCUGCAGGAAGGAACGGAGAUUGUAGUCUGCACACCGGGCCGUCUUAUUGACCAUGUGAAGAAGAAGGCAACAAAUCUCCAGCGGGUCACGUACCUGGUGUUUGAUGAAGCUGAUCGCAUGUUUGACAUGGGCUUUGAAUACCAGGUUCGAUCUGUAGCAAGCCAUGUACGGCCUGAUCGACAGACUCUCCUAUUCAGUGCCACCUUCCGCAAGAAGAUUGAGAAGCUGGCCAGAGAUAUUCUGAUAGAUCCGAUCCGUGUCGUUCAAGGAGAUAUUGGGGAGGCCAAUGAAGACAUCACUCAAGUGGUGGAGAUAUUGCCAGCAGGACCCGAUAAGUGGGCUUGGCUUACACGUAGGCUGGUUGAGUUCACCUCUACUGGAAGUGUCCUUCUCUUUGUCACAAAAAAAGCCAAUGCAGAGGAACUUGCUGCUAAUUUAAAAGUGGAGGACCACCAACUUGGCCUUCUUCAUGGAGAUAUGGACCAGAGCGAGAGGAACAAAGUUAUCACGGACUACAAGAAAAAAAACAUCCCUAUACUGGUAGCUACUGACGUAGCAGCCCGUGGUCUGGACAUUCCAUCUAUCAAGACUGUGGUCAACUAUGACGUGGCACGGGAUAUUGACACGCACACUCACCGUAUUGGUCGUACAGGAAGAGCGGGUGAGAAAGGUGUUGCCUACACACUUUUAACUCCAAAGGACAGCAAUUUUGCUGGUGACUUAGUGAGGAACCUCGAAGGCGCUAACCAGUAUGUGUCCAAGGAGCUGAUGGAUUUGGCCAUGCAGAAUUCCUGGUUCCGUAAAUCUCGCUUCAAAGCUGGAAAGGGGAAGAAAUUGAACAUUGGUGGAGGUGGCUUGGGUUAUCGAGAGAGACCUGGUCUAGGUGCAGAGACUUCGGAACGUGCUACUGGAGGAAAUGUGAUGAGUAACUAUGAAGCAUUUAAACCUACUGGGGGAGCAAUGGGUGAUCGACUGUCUGCUAUGAAGGCAGCGUUUCAGUCACAGUACAAGAAUCAUUUUGUAGCAGCCAGUUUGAGCACUCAGAAAACUGGGACUUCUACAAUUAAUUCUGGAGCAUGGACCAGUGCGGGUAGCUUAAGCUCUAUACCGAAUGUGCACCCACAGCCUCUAGCACCUCCCGCUGAAGCAUCUCCACCGCCCACCCCCAGGACCAUGCCAGGAUUUACGAGCAGUGGAACCCUCAGUAGCAUCCCGAUGUCUUACCCCUCCAUAGGAAGCUCAAACUUACUUGCAACAAGUGGGUAUAGUGCCGGCGAAGGGGCAAGUGGAAGUCGCGAAGGAAGUGAACGGGAGAGGUCUAGUGAUAGUAGAGGUCGGCAUGGAGACCGGGAGGCACAUAGGCAUGGUGGACAUAGGCACUCCAGCAGUGGGCGGCAUGGGGAGAGCUAUAAUGGAGGAGAGGGGAAAAGAGAAGGCUCUCGGGAAAGUGGAAGUGGCAGAAGAGACAGUGGAGAAGGACGUAGAGAGAGUCUCAGAGAUGAAGGACGUAGAGAGAGUCCCAGAGAUGAAGGACGUAGAGAGAGUCCCAGAGAUGAAGGACGUAGAGAGAGUCCCAGAGAUGAAGGACGUAGAGAGAGUCCCAGAGAUGAAGGACGUAGAGAGAGUCCCAGAGAUGAAGGACGUAGAGAGAGUCCCAGAGAUGAAGGACGUAGAGAGAGUCCCAGAGAUGAAGGACGUAGAGAGAGUCCCAGAGAUGAAGGACGGAGAGACAGUCCCAGAGAUGACGGAGAAUCGAAAAGAGAGGGAAAGAGUGAAAGCUUUGCAAUACCAGAACCUCCCAAGCGCAAGAAGAGUCGAUGGGACAGUUAAGUUAGCCCGGACAUCUUAUCGUGGGUUUGCCAUAAUUUACUCAAUUCUGUUUGAUUAAUUUUGUUUGCUUUUUUUUUUUUUUUUUGUAUUUACUGUUGGAGGUGACACCAUCCCUGACACUUCUGUUUUUAAUUUGAGAGAACAUAAUUUCACUCUGGACUGGUCCUUAUCUUGCGCAGAUUUGAGGGUGGGGGUCAAGUAGAUCUGUGUGCUUCUACAUGUACAGCAAAAUACAUCCAUUCAUUGCUUUGCAUUAAGUGUUUUAUGCUGCAGUCACUUGGAAACCUGCAAUGUGGGCUAUUCAGUUUCAGCUGUUCCCUGGACAUUCUCUCCAUAUUGUGUGUAUGUGCGUGUUAGAAAAUGUUUCUGUACAUAGCAAGUUUUAUCCCCCCUCCCCUCCCUCAUGUGAGAACUUGUUCAUUUCAUAGACAGAGCUUCUCAUUAAAGAAACAUGUUUUGA